AAUAAAAGAAAAACAACAAAUAUUUGGAGCAUAAAGAACACAAGCUUAUGUAAAUAUUGCACAUGAAUUUAUAAAUAUAGACACAACGCAGGAAAUCCAAAUGCAACUACAAAAACAAACAGCUAACAAGCAAAGCAAUAUAAAAGAAUUAACAUAAAUAGCUUAAUUAUGGCUUCCUUGCGCGUAGUCAAUAGAUUGGUCUGCCGCGGUUUUAUUGUGCUCACACUGCUGCUCAUGUUCUUUAACGAGGUGCUCAUCUACUAUAUUGCUCAAGCCAGUUGGCAGCCAAUAGACUGCACACUAUCCAAUUGUACACGCAUGCUGCUCAUUGCUGAUCCCCAAAUCUUGGGCACCUCCUAUGAUCGCUCCUCACAUAGUCCGCUGGCACGCUACGACUCUGAUCGUUAUCUACAAAAGUCCUUUGAGCGCGCCUUAUCCUUUACUCAGCCGCAUAUCAUUGUCUUUCUCGGCGAUUUGCUGGACGAGGGCAACAUAGCCACUGCUCAGGAGUAUAAACAAUAUGUGAAACGCUUCAAGCGCAUCUAUCAGAGCAAAAAAUACAACAAUCGCAUACAUGUGCCUGGAGAUAACGAUAUUGGCGGCGACAAUGGCGAUUAUAUAUCAAAUUCCAAUCAGCGGCGCUUCGAAAACGAAUUUAUGAGUGAAGAUCUGUUUGAAUACGACAAUCAUGUGCGUUUCUUCAAGAUUAAUCGCAUGCUCUUGGACUUUACAAAUCCCGAUAGGGAACACAAUGCGGAACGUCUGCGUAUUGGAGUUUCACAUGCGCCCUUAUUAAUAGGCGGUGGCCCACUUUUACGUGCCAUUAUUAGCGAUAUAGAUCCACAUAUCAUAUUUUCUGGCCACUGGCACGAAUCGCGCAUAUUUAUUUAUCCCUCCACGAAAGUUAUUAACUUUUAUGAAAAUGCAGUGCGGCAUUUUGAUUUGAAAGCGCUGAAGGAAGAGGAGCAUAGCUAUUUGGAAAUUAUGGUGCCCACCUGCUCUUAUCGCAUGGGCAAAGCCAAAAUUGGCAUGGGAUACGCAGUGCUAGAAAACUACAAUCUAAGUUAUACAGUGCUGUGGCAGCCGAAUCGCUUUAUACUUUUAUUUACUUAUGUAUUUUGGGGACUAUUUGUGCUGUGUGUUGCCAUUGUCUACAAAAUGAUGACUCGAUGUCCGUUUCGAGUGGCCAAGCGUCAAUCAAUCUAUAAUCGUAUAUCAAAUAUACCUCAAUUUUAGACUGUACAAUCCUAAGCAUAAGCAAAAAUAAUAGAGACUGUAGCCUUAUAAUAGAAAUAACAAUGUUACAAUAAACAUGUUUAAUAAUGAGCAUAAGUUUAUCCAACUCGUGUGGCUGAUCUAGAAUAACAUACUUUUUAGCCGCCU